AGUGGCUGGACCUGUGGCAGCGGGUUGCUAGGCGACCGAGAGCGCCGCUGCCUUAGCCGUAGGAGGCCGCGAGGUCCCGGAGGGGCCCGGCUCGACCAUGUCCUCCCUGCGCAACGCGGACCCCGCGCUCAGGGCUUACUUCAAGCGCCACAGGCUCCUCGAUGUCUACGAGACUCUGCUAUGUGGUAUAUUUAUUAUGUGUCCAGAGGAUCCACUUAAGUUUUUAGAAGAAAAGAUCAGAGAAAUGAUGGAGAAGGGACUAGAUGGUAUUUUAUGGGAUACCUGUAUUGAUUCAUCCUUGAGGCCAAAAUUAAAGAGGAUUUCAGAAACUUAUUUGCACAUCCUUUUUGGACUAAAUGAUGAACAGCUGAUGACUGAAGAGUUAUGUGGCAAAGCAUGGAACUUUUACAGCAAAAACUUAAAGAAACUGUACUUUCAUGGAUGGAUGCAAUAUUGUCUGUUGCAAAAAAAUCAUAGAGCACUUGUAAAGCAGAAGAUGGCUGUUGCAGCAGACCAUUAUGACACCAGAAUAACCAGAGUAGUAGUACAGAAGUGGAGAGCUUGGGUAAAGUUUCGCAAGGAACAAAUAGCAUUGGCAGCAAUGAGGAUACAAAAGGUCUUUAAUGACAGUUUGCACAAAAUUAUCCUAAGGGCGUGGCAUGCAGAGGCUCAGAGUUCCGCAAGAACAAAAGCAUAUUUUGAGAUCUUCCAUUAUAUCAACUUAAUUGAUCUGGCAAGAUGUGCUCAAGUUAGCCGAUCCUGGAUGUUGCUAACACAGGCUAGUUCAAUAUGGACUGAUAUUGAUUUUUCUUCAGUAAAGCACAAGAUGCAGGACAAAACACUAAUAAAUAUUCUGAAGAAAUGGCGUCCUUAUGUGGUACGUUUGAAUCUUCGUGGUUGUUCUUCUCUUCACUGGCCAAGCUUUAAAAGUAUUAGUGAAUGUAAAAAUUUGCAAGAUUUGAAUGUCUCUGAAUGCCAAGGAUUAAAUGAUGAAUCAAUGAGACUUAUAUCAGAAGGUUGUCCAGCUCUUCUCUAUUUAAAUCUGUCAUACACAGAUAUUACUAAUGGGACACUAAGACUGUUAUCAAGGAGCUUCUCCAAUUUACAAUAUCUGAGUUUAGCUUACUGCAGAAAAUUCACAGACAAAGGCUUACAGUACCUGGGAUCUGGGAAAGGAUGUCACAAGCUCAUCUAUUUAGACCUUUCAGGUUGCAUUCAGAUCUCUGUUGAUGGCUUCAGAUAUAUUGCUAACAGCUGCAGUGGGAUUAAGCACUUGGUAAUCAAUGAUAUGCCAACUCUGACAGACAAAUGUAUUCAAGCUUUAGUUGAAAAAUGCCAACAGAUUAUGUCUGUUGUUUUUCUGGACUCUCCACAUCUUUCUGAUGUAGCUUUUAAAGCCCUUACUGAAUGUAAACUUGUCAAGGUCAGAAUUGAAGGAAAUAACCGGAUUACUGAUCUAAGUUUCAAGUUGAUGAGCAAAUCUUGCCCACAAAUCAAGCACAUUUAUAUGGCUGAUUGCCAGAAGAUUACAGAUGUCAGUCUUAAGACAAUUUCUCCGUUGAAGUAUAUUCUUGUAUUGAAUUUAGCAGACUGUGUAAGAAUCAGUGAUGCAGGUUUACGAUCAUUUUUAGAAGGAUCUUCAGGGACAAAGCUAAGAGAACUGAACUUGACUAACUGUAUCCAUGUCACUGAUGCCUCCCUCAUGAAAAUAGCCCAAAGGUGCCAUAAUCUGGCCUACCUGAAUAUGCGUUACUGUGAAAGCGUGACUGAUGCUGGGAUUGAGGCACUGGGAAACAUGACCUCAUUGAUAUCUAUUGAUAUUUCUGGAACCACUGUCUCAGAUAUGAGCUUGGCAGCUCUGGGCCACACUAGAAGAAUGAAGGAACUUUCUGUAUCUGAAUGUAGGAAGAUCACUGAUAUGGGAAUUCAGAAGUUCUGCCAGGGUGCAAAAGAUCUAGAAUACUGUGAUGUCUCUUACUGCUUUCAACUGACAAAUGAAACUGUCAAAGCUUUGGCAUUUAACUGCCACCAACUUACAUCCCUCAACAUAGCUGGUUGUCACAAGAUGACGGAUUUGUGUGUUCAGUAUUUGUCUGGAGUCUGCCAUUAUCUCCACUUCUUGGAUAUCUCAGGCUGUGUACAUCUUACUGACAAAACACUAAAGUACCUUUGGAAAGGUUGUACGCAACUCCGGAUUCUUAAGAUGCUGUACUGCAGAAAUAUUACCAAACAAGCUGUUUUGAAAUAUUCAGCCAAGCUAGAGAAGCAGGAAUAUAAUGAUGCCGACCCUCCUGCGUGGCUUGGCUAUGAUAGCGGUGGAGGUGUACUCCCCCUCAACAAGAAACCCAAAACAGGACCUGAAAAAGCUAAAGCCUUGUACCAGAAUGAAACCAAAGAAGCUGCAUAACAACUUCGGUGCUUCACGUUUUCUUCAGCAGAGAGUGUAAAAAUGAAACAGCAAAUUCCUGUUUCUAAAAUAGUCAUUUAAUAAAGCGGAUUUUCUAGUUGAA